CAACAACAACCAAUUUGAGCCGUUUGAGCAGUGCGUGUCUUUGGCGGCGUAUUCGUUUUAGUUUAGCUGAACAAAGUCGGCCCUCCUACUCGACAGCUAGCCACAGUAGUUGAGGUUAAACUGUUGGCAGAGGUAACCCGUUUCCGUGUUGACUCAACCUCUGCCAUUUCUGUCAUGUUGCCAUGGGAAUCAUAUGCGCCAAAUUAUCUGCAGCCUUGUAAGGAAGACGCUCACUCGUAACGUUCUCACAAAUUAAACUUUUUUCCUCAAAAUACUUUUGUAAGUAUUUAAAUAUAAUUCUAAAGUCGCGGAAAUCGGAUGAUUUGAGUUUUAAAAACACACCAGAUGCUCGAAUGAGCUUCCAGUGACUGGCACUGAAUAGCUGCCCUCAGAUCAGUGGAGCACCGCAUCUUAAAAUGUCAAAGUUUCCUCGUCUGGGAAAAAGAACUUCUAACGAAGUCAAAGGUUGGGUGGAACCAUCUUUUAAGGAUUCAUUCGGAGUUACCUCUUUGGUCCGUUGUGAAUUAAGGGGGGAAAGCAUCUCCAAUGCUGAACUUUGCGGGAGCAAGCAGUCCAGGAAGAGGAAGGGAGAGACCAGUGGUUUAGAUUCCUGUGCUGUGGCAUUGCCUCAGAGAGACUGCAAUAUGCCCUGGGUGGAAAAGCAUGCACCGAGCUCACAGGCUGAGCUCGCGGUCCACAAGAGGAAGAUGGAGGAGGUGGAGAACUGGAUAAGAGCUCAUUGUGAUCCUAAAACAUCAAAGGGUGGUGCUGUCCUUCUGCUCACAGGUCCUCCAGGCUGUGGGAAAAGUGCAACAGUGCAGGUGCUGGCCAGAGAACUGAGUUUCGGGCUACAAGAGUGGACGAACCCCUCCACCUUCACCGAACAUUUAAACCAUGAUGCUUUUAGACAGACUUUCGAUCCUGCGUCAAGCUUCGGUGGUUUCCCAGGAAGCUCGCAGACAGGCCUGUUCCAGGAGUUUCUCCUCAGGGCCAAUAAGUACAACUGCCUGCAAAUGGCUGGAGAGGAAGGACCCAAAGACAGGAAAGUCAUACUGGUGGAGGACUUCCCAAACCAGUUCUACAGGCAACCGAGAAGCUUACAUGAUAUUCUGAGGCGUUUUGUGAGGACAGGCAGGUGCCCCUUGGUUUUCAUUGUGUCAGACAGUCUGAGAGGAGACAGCAGCUCUAAGUUGCUCUUCCCUAGGGAGGUCCAGGAGGAGUUAGCCAUCUGCAACAUCAGUUUUAACCCAGUGGCCCCGACCACAAUGAUGAAGAUCCUGACUCGGAUUGCAACUCUGGAGGCAGGAAAGAGUAAAGGGAGGAUAUGUGUCCCUGAGAAGGCUGCACUGGAGCAGCUCUGCUCAGGGAGCUCAGGAGACAUACGCAGUGCUAUCAACAGUAUGCAGUUCUCCUUAAUCGCAGACCUCUCACUAGAACGAGAGAUGUGGAUGAGAAAAAAGAACAGAUCUGCAACUUCACUGAAGAAAGCCGUUUCCAAAGCGACCCAGGGGACAAGGCAGCCCAAGGAGACAAAGGAGUGGGCUGAUGGGCAGGCUAUAGGAGGGAAAGAUGCCUCUCUCUUUCUAUUCCGAGCCCUUGGAAAGAUCCUCCACUGCAAGAGAGAAAGUCCUGAUUGUACUGAAGGCUUCCAGGGACAGAGUUUGCCUGCCCAUCUGUCAGAACAUCACAGAAACAAAUUACUAGUCGACCCUGAGUCAGUGAUAGAACGUUCCCACAUGUGUGGGGAGUUUUUUAACUUGUACCUGCACCAGAACUACCUAGACUUCUUCUCCGAGGUGGAAGAUGUUGCACGAGCCAGCGAGUACCUUUCUGAUGCAGAUUUUCUCACAGGCACGUGGACUCCUUGUGGCACGAUGGUGCAUUAUGGCUCCUCAGUGGCCACCAGGGGGCUUCUUCACUGCAACAACAGACAAGUUUCUGUUGGCUUCAGACCACUACACAAACCCAACUGGCUACUAGUCAAGAAGAAGUACCGAGAGAACUGCCUGGCUGCUCAGUCUCUCUUCACCGACUUCUGUUUAACACCAGUCAGCCUGCAGACAGAGUUAUUGCCCUACCUCGCACUGCUUACCAACCCUUUGAGAAACCAAGCCCAGAUUGCUUUUAUCCAGGGGGUGGGUCAUCUCCAAACGAGGAAGUUCUCUGGCAGGUUACAGCCAGAGACCCUGACAGAUAAAGACCCAGGCGUGGUGGAGCAGGACAGUGAAGAGGAAGAGGAGGAAGCUAAACCCGUUUUCUCUGCUGAGGAAGUAGAUAAGACGGCGCCUGCUAAUGAAUCUCUCCAGCCCAGUCAGGGGAAGGAAGGAGAUCUACAGUUCAGCCAGCCUCAGCCUACCACGAAUGAAUCCCUCAUGGAGGAGGAGGACCUACUAAUAGAGGAGUAUGACAGUGAUGAGUAAAUAGCUUUAUGUCCCAAACCCACUCCAGACAACUGUUUUUGCCCACUCAUAGAAAUAUAAUUUCUUACUUCCAAACUGUGAUCUGUGACUUUAAACAAAUAUUUUGAGCAAUAGUAAUGACUUGUAUGAGGAUUGGAUCUACAGGAUCAUUCGUGUUAACAGCAAAUAUCCUCACGGACAGUGGCAAUGUUGGUGUAUACAAGAUGUGGUCAGUUUUGCAACAGGUUUGUUUUGUGUUUAUGGAACAUGGAAUGAAAAGUCAUCAGUUGAGAUUUUUAUAGUUCAAGACUUGCUCUUGAAUGUAAAUCUCCAAGUUCACUGUUAAACAACUCAGUAUUUAAAAUGUUUGUUUUGUUGUUCAACUGAAAAAUAGUUAAUUAUUUUUUCCUGACUAAACUUAAGCCAUUUGUGAAAUUCCAGUUCUAAGUGAAGUUCCAGUUGUAAAUAUUGUCUGAAAUACUAAAUGGGGAAAUUACAUGGCGUUACAUUUUUUUUUACAAGAUUGUUACUAUCAACUCAAAUGUUUUGGGUUUUUUUAGUUUUGUUUUUUUUAUUGGUCAUUGCCUCUUAUGUUGCCAGGUUCUCAUGGGUCACUAAUAUGCCUGUUAAUUAAUAUUUGUUCGAGUAUUUUAGAUCAGGUUAUUUUGAAAAUUGCCUGUUGUAGGUAAAUGGCUCCUUAAGUGCCUAAAGGUGACCCUGACACCAGAAUGAGGCAGGAUGUGGCCUUGCCAUCAAAAUGAAGGUGUGCAUAAUAUUUUAAAACAAACGAGGGCAUACAAAUUAUCAGGAGAAAACCCAUCACCCUGUUUCUAAAACGCUGACAGCCCUGGAUGCAAAUGGAAAGAGCUAGACGUUUCAGUGGCAGCUUACUCUGGCUAGCUUGAUACCGUGUACUGGAGCCCAUAAUCUAUCUAGCAUGCCCGGAUAACCACCCAAACAUGCAAUGUAAGUACACAAGUUUAGAUGGAAGACAUCGUUCCAAAUGGUCUGGUCUACGUUUGUUGGUUGCAUUUUUGUGAAUGUUUUCAUCUUGAUAUCUAUACGAUAAGCAAAAGAACUUCCUGAGACUGACUUAGAAAAAGUAUAACACUGUUGUCAACCAAAUCAGAGUUUGUUUUUGUGCCUACAAAUGAUUAGUGGUAGAAAAACCACAAGCAGCAUGGUUCUAUAUACUAUUUACGUAAACCGUUUCAGCUAGCCAAAACAUAAUAAAUUGUUCAGUUCAUUCAACGACAAAGACUGGAGGAGGGUUGGAACUUUUCACUAUCAGAAGCAAACGUGCACAGAACUAUUUGGUUUAAAGCAUUGGUGCACUGUCAGAUACUGGCAUUUACACUUGUCAAUUGACACAAGAUUAGUUUACAUGCAAUACUAGCUCAGAAAACGCAAAUUUUUGGCCACCUCCUGACAUGAAGCUUUGCUGUUUCUCUUUCUGGUGAAGAACACAUAGCACGUCUUUGCAACUAACAACUUCAAUACCCACUCAUAACAUCGCUCAACCUUCAAAAUAACACUCUGGAAUAUUUGGAUCAAAUUCAAAACAUUUUCCCCCUUUUCUAAAUAUCCCCAUCGUCUGAUGACCUAAUGUGUCUACCCACAUUCAUGAAUAUAUCGUUAUGUUAAACAGUGUAGGGCCAAUAGCACUACCCUGAGGAAUGCCAUUUACAAUAUUAAACUGAAAUGGUAUCUACCACUUUAAAACAAUGUCUUCUGAACAACUCUACAGCACGCACUUUUUAUUAAGACUGCCUCUUGGCAUAUUUUGUCAUGGUGACGUGAUUGGCUGAACAGCUCAAUUUACGCUACGCUAAAUAAAACACAUCAAAGGAAAAACAUC